AUGACGGUAGAAAUGCUGUCGAUGCAGGUCACUAAGGACCUUAGGCAUGUGCUGACGAUUACGUUUCUACUCGUGUUAUUUCUUCAAGUCCGUCAUCUAGCUCUGAUUAGAUCUGAUGGGUUCGUCCCGAAGGGCCUGUUAUCAAUCGGACUACCCGAAAACUUUGAUGAGCUCAGCGCGGAAGAGCAGCUUGAGGCGAAGAAGCUUCGUGCUGCCCAGUUUCUCUAUAAGCUGUAUGAUAUUACGACGAUCAAAAAAUGCCUUGACAUUGCAGCCACAUUGCAGUUCAAAUAUUCACUUGCUGGACAAUCACGGGCCUUUCGGGCUUUAUCUUCACCGACGAUGAACUAG